AUGAAAAAAUGUUUUCCCCAUAUCUUGGGGAACCUCUCUGAUACCCUCAUUUGCAUCGUGACUAGGGGCAAGCAGCUGGCGAGGUCCAGCCUGAUUUUUUCGACCGGCGGCAUAACCGGCUCAGCGUCGACUACGCCGAAGCCGUUUCAGCAUUACGACUUAGGCUACGAAAGUCUGUUGUUACCGAAAGAAAUGUUGAGGCCGAACUGCAUCUCCUGGUCGCAUCUGCUACAGACGCUUCUUCAAAUGCUGCAGAUCGUCAUCUCGUACUUCCUGAUGCUGAUCUUCAUGACCUACAAUGUGUGGUUGUGCCUUGCUAUUGUCGUAGGCAGUGGUGUCGGAUAUUUUCUCUUCGGUUUCGAACGUUCGCCCUUGUCGUUUCAGGCUGAAACAUGUCACUAA